AACGUCACCGAAAGAAGCUUAAAGUCCAGUCCGGCAGUGAAUGAGUUGUUGCUCAACACUAUGGACGUACUACAUAUAAUGCUGAGUGGGAAUGAAACAGCACUUCGGGAAUCCAGGUUACCUGCAAAGAGGCAUUUAUGUGGCAGUAUACUUGUAGAUGGCGAGUGGACAGCUGUCGAGGGAGGAGGCGUUGGCGUGCUCGGAGUGCCGGCAUGCAUGCCAUGUGAUGCUUUACUCUGACACGAAAACUCAGCUGUUUGGGAGAAUUCCCAUCAGACAUAUCAUACUGAUGCAGAUGCGCUUUGACGGUCUGCUGGGUUUCCCUGGCGGGCUCGUUAACCCAGCAGAGGAGACCCUGGAGGCGGGCCUCAGCAGGGAAUUGUUGGAGGAGGUGGGCGUGGCUCUUCCUGUAUCAGUAGAAGAUCAUGUGGCCACUUGCUUUGCCCCUGCUUCAUCCCCCUCCUCCUCAUCCUCUCGUCUUAUCCUUCACUUCUACGUGAAGAAGAUUGAGGAGGAGCAGAUUAGGGAGGUGGAGAGAGCAGCUGCAUCCACUGCAACAGAUCAUGGACUUGAGGUUCUGGGGAUGGUCAGAGUUCCGCUCUACACCAUGAAAGGCGGGGGAGGCCUUGGGCUUUUCAUGUCGCACACGUUCAUCGGCAACGCUCGUUCCCAGCUGGUCGACGCUCUGCUGCGCUUCAACCUGAUCGCCCCCAAGGAUUUGCACAAGGCCCUCACACACUCUCUGAAGAAACAUGCACACACCGCAGAAGACCUGAAAGCGGCCCUUGCCCUUACAGAGGCGAAGAGGAAAUGGUGUUGAAACACACCUGCACAUGCAUCAGAACAUCCUCUCAAGCAUACCCAUAAGAUUCAGUUUGGCCAUCAGCAACACAAUCCUUCACUCACACACUUAAUCCUACACACACAAACACACACUCUCACACUCAUACUGAUUCUGAGCUGGUGACUCAUAAUUGCCUGCUGUGCAUCAAGCAGUUUGGGGAAAACAUUAUCAACUCCUUUACCAUUAAUGGAAAUAAAGUCAUUCACAGUGACUGUCAUA